UUGGCUUUUGAACAAGUAAAACACACAACCACCCCCAUGGCACAAGCUUCACCAAAUACAUACCAUUCUUCUUCCAAUAAUACAAUCAAAUUCUUAUGCAGUUAUGGCGGUAAAAUCCUCCCUCGUUAUCCCGACGGCAAACUCCGUUACCACGGCGGUCAAACCCGUCUUCUCUCCGUUGACCGCUCCCUCUCUUUCUCCGAAUUACUGGUGAAGCUUGGAGAAGUGUGUGGAAACAGUAGUAGUGUGUGCUUAAGGUGUCAACUACCAACAGAAGACCUAGAUUCACUUGUAUCUAUCACAUGUGAUGAGGAUCUGCUUAACCUCAUCGAAGAAUACGAGCGAAUCCAGUCAAAAUCGGUCAAAAUCAAAGCGUUUUUAUCUUCUCGCCAUUCCACAAAAUCCGGAUCUCAAUCGUCGUCUGGUUCCAGUACUGCCGUGUCACCUAAAUCUCCUGGCGUCAGGUUCCCGGUUUCUGCGACGACUAGGUGCAAAUUGACACCGAAACACCCGGUUGCCGGUUACAAUAGAUCACUGUUGUCGUCUUCUUCUGCAGGGAAUUCGUAUCGAUUUUAUGGAAACGGUGGUGGGAGGAGCUACCUUGUGCAUAAUGGCAACCAUUGGCAACAAUAAUAAAUUUGUUGAUGGAAUUGAAGGAAGAGCAAAAGAGUGUAUAUUGGAUUGAAAAAGGACUAAGUGAUCGUCAUUUGCAUUUGGAAAUUAAUGAUCAAAACACAAUAACAUUAAGUUUCAGAGAUUUUGGGAUAUUGUUAGUCUAACAGCUGAUCACCGCAGAUCAAGGGUGUGGAAUUAUAUGAUUUUUUUUCACGCGUGGAGUAAAAAAUGAUUUUCUAUAGGUCCAAGUGAGAAAUAAACCAAGUUUGUGAAGCCGAUGACUGUUGAUUUGGGUCCGCCAGUUGAAAGCACGCCAUGAAUUGGUUACAUCAUACUUAAACUUAUGUUUAACUGAUUACAAAAUUACACCAAACCAUAGUUUUAUACACAAAACUUAUAGUUCUAAAACGGAUAUUUCUAAAAUAAAUGGGAAGGAAUUCCAAGCAGCUGAGAAUUUAAGGGAACGUACAUGUACCAUUCAAAAUUUUGAUGUGGACAGCGAUGGUGAAUUGAUAAUGAUGAUGAUGAUGGGCCAAAGAGGGAGGGAAUUGAAUUUGAAGAUAACUUUGUUUAAAGUGCAGAAAAUUUUGGACCGUUCAUAGAUACAUACAACAUAUAAAUGAUAUACUAGUUUAAUUUGGGAAUUGGGACAACGAAGACUCGUAAGAUUGGAUAAGUAGUCAAUAUUUUUGUCUUUAGAAACCGAGAUUAAGAGUUUUAUUUUCAUGCCUUAUAAGACUGAAAGUCCUUUUCUAUAUUAGAUAAAACCUAAAAGCAUCCUUUUUACA